AUGAGAGUACCCCUCCUCAACUGCUCAUGCAAGCUGGUGUUACUUUGGCAUCUAAGAAAUUUGAGGAGCUCAACAAGGAAGGGGGAAAUUGUGGUUGAUUUAAGAGCGAAGAUUGAGCCUGAAGCAAACGUACCAAAUGAAACAAUCGAGGAUGUCCGUAAGGAUGAGGAACUAAUUAGUGCUAAACUUCAACAAAUGCCAAACAAAAGAAGAAAAGGAAGAAGAAAGACUCAAAGUCCAAGGUGGCUGAGCACCACUUGCUCAAAAAAAUCCAACCCCCUCAAUGAAUUGUGCAUGUUAGAACAUUAG